AUUCAUUCAUCGUACUGUAAAAAAAAAAAAAACCGAAGAUUUCAUUCAUCAUCUUCCCGAAAGGUAAAAAAGUGAACACAUCGAAAGGGUGAUCUACUUCAACAGUCUCACUGUCACCAUCACCAACUUUGGUCUGAUCUCAUUCAAUCAUAACAGGUUUAGGGUUUUGCAGCAUAUUUCAAUUUUCAAUCAAUUUGGGAUUUCAUCAACAAUCUUCAAUGCCAGAAAAGAAGUCUAAGAAAGUUACCUUCUCUGAAAACGCCAUCGCCACAAUCACACAACGGUAUGACGUAGCGACUGUGUUGACGGUGUUUCAGGAAUUAUCACAUUACGCUGCUGACGAGAAUUUUAAUUGGAAUGAAUUGGUGAAGAAAACCACCACUGGUAUUUCUACUGCCAGAGAAUAUCAGAUGCUAUGGCGUCACUUGGCGUAUGGUUAUUCCUUUCCCGAAGAUCUCGAUCAAGAAGCUCAACCUAUGGAUGAUGAUAGUGACCUAGAUUGCGAGCUGGAAUCAUUACCUUCUGGAUGUGCGGAAUCUACAUCAGAGACUUCAGCAUGUGUGAAGGUGAUAAUUGCUUCCCGCACACUAAGUGAAUCUACCCCCAGUAGCGCAACAAUUGAGGCUCCAAUGACUGUAAAUUUUCCUGUUUGCCAUUCAUCACGAACUUCAAAUAUUUCGCAGCCCUCUAUCUUGAUGGAUCAGUCAAGCAUUAUGUUUCCAGUUACUGUCCCGAGACAGACACUGCCAACUGUAUCAUCAACCGAUGCUUUAGAAACCAAGGUAACAAUUGGUGGUACCGCAGCUUCCAAAAGGAAAAGAAAAGCAUGGUCAGAGGAAGAGGACAAUUUGCUACGGGAUGCUGUUCAGAAAUGGGGUGAAGGGAAUUGGGCUACCAUGGCAAAAGGAGACAGCUUUCCUAUUAAGAGAAGUGCAACACAAUUGUCUCAGAGGUGGAGUGCUUUAAGAAAGAAAGACGGCAGUGCCAAUCCAGGACCCACCGCGACCACUGUGACCACCAACACACAGUAUACUGCUGAACAGUUGGCAACUCGUCACUCCUUAAAUUUAGCCCUUGACAUGCCAUUCAAAAAGUUAUCUGCUCCUGGAGUGACUGAUCCUGGUAGGACAUCCACAUCAAUAAAAAAUCAAGUGCAGCCUCGUAAUACGGCGCAAUUCUCCACAAUUCGUAGUUCUGUACCAUCUCAACGUCCGGCUCAACAAGCUUGUGGUUCCCCUACGAAACCCAAACUGGCCUCUGAAAAUUCAGUCUCAAAGUGUAAUGCAAUGUCUGCUCGUGAGUCAAAACCUGGCAUUGUUCAUUCUGGAGCGCAAACACAAACUGUUUCGCGAACAAAUGCUGCGCCACAUUUGAUGGUUUCUCAAGCAAAAAAUGUGGCACAUACUGUUCCUGCUUGCAGUACUUUGACAAAGACACCCAUUUCUGCUGGUGGGCACCAAAAGAUUCGUUCAAAUGUGCCUGCUGGUAGUUCUUUGACAAAGACACCCAUUUCUACUGGUUUGGCUCCUGUUCAGCCAAAUGUAAAUGUGCCUGACGGUAGGUCUUUAUCAAGAACACCCAUUGCUGCUGGUUUGCCUUCUAACCAAAAGGUUCAUUCAAAUGUGCAUGUUGGUAGUUCUUUGACGAAGAUACCCAUUUCUGCUGGUUUGCCUUCUAACCAAAAGGUUUAUUCAAAUGUGCCUGCCGCUAGUUCUUUGACGAAGACACCCAAUUCUGCCGGUUUACCUUCUGACCCAAAGGUUCAUUCAAAUGUAGCUGCCGGUAGUUCUUUGCCAAAGACACCCAUUUCUGCUGGUUUGCCUUCUAACCAAAAGGUUCAUUCAAAUGUACUUGCUGGUAGUUCUUUGACAAAGCCACCCAUUUCUGUUGGUUUGCCUUCUGACCCAAAGGUUCAUUCAAAUGUGUCUACUGGUAGUUCUUUGACAAAGACACCCAUUUCUGCUGGUUUGCCUUCUAACCAAAAGGUUCAUUCAAAUGUGCCUACUGGUAAUUCUUUGACAAAGACACCCAUUUCUUCUUGUUUGCCUUCCAACCAAAAGGUUCAUUUAAAUGUGUCUGCCGGUAAUUCUUUGACGAAGACACCCAUUACUGCUGGUUUGCCUUCUAAUCAAAAGGCUCAUUCAAACGUGCCUGCCGGCAGUUCUUUGACGAAGACGCCCAUUACUGCUGGUUUGCCUUCUAAUCAAAAGGCUCAUUCAAACGUGCCUGCCGGCAGUUCUUUGACGAAGACACCCAUUUCUGUUGGUUUGCCUUCUAACCAAAAGGCUCAUUCAAACGUGCCUGCCGGCAGUUCUUUGACGAAGACGCCCAUUUCUGUUGGUUUGCCUUCUGACAAAAAGGUUCAUUUAAAUGUGCAUGUUGCUAGUUCUCUGACAAAGACACCCAUUUCUGCUAGUUCACCUUCUAACCAAAAGGUCCAUUCAAAUGUACCUGUCGGUAGUUCUUUGACGAAGACACCCAUUUCUUCUGGUUUGUCUUCUGACAAAAAGGUUCAUUCUAAUGUACCUGUUGCUAGUUCUCUGACAAAGACACCCAUUUAUGCUGGUUUGCCUUCGGGCCCAAAGGUUCAUUCAAAUGUGCCUGCUGGUAAUUCUUUGACAAAGACACCCGUUUCGGCUAGUUCGCCUUCUGACCCAAAGGUUCAUUCAAAUGUACCUGCUGGUAAUUCUGUGACAAAGACACCCAUUUCGGCUGGUUUGCCUUCUGACCCAAAGGUUCAUUCAAAUGUGCCUGCUGGUAAUACUUUGACAAAGACACCCAUUUCCGCUGGUUUGCCUUCCGACCCUAAGGUUCAUUCAAAUGUGCCUGCUGGUAAUUCUUUGACAAAGAUACCCAUUUCCGCUGGUUUUCCUUCGGACCCAAAAGUUCAUUCAAAUGUGCCUGCUGGUAAUUCUUUGACUAAGACACCCAUUUCUGCUUGUUUGCCUUCUGACCCAAAGGUUCAUUCAAAUGUGCUUGCUGGCAAUUCUUUGACAAAGACACCCAUUUCCACUGGUUUGCCUUCUGACCAAAAGGAUAAACAUGUUACCUCUGUGAAAGAAGAGGAAAAAAGACUCGCUGAGCCUGGCUCCACACCAAAAGAGAAUGUGAAAGAGGAAGCUUCUACAUCUACUACUGAGGGCCAGGUAAAUAGAAAACUGGAUAAGGCGAGGCUAGAUUUAGAUAAAGCUAAAAGCAUGCCCAGUGAGGAAGUUUUGGAACACAAAGCAGUGCCUCAAAAUCCUGUAGGGUCUGAAGAGCGAGGAAGUGUUAAGAAUUCAAAUUUUACCCCCAACAAGGCCACUGAGAAUGGAAAUGACAAUUUGAAUAAGGAAAGUCAAAAUCUAAAUCAAGACAAGAAGACAAGUUCUGUUAAUGAAAACUCUCAGCAUCAGAACAUGAAAGAGAAACUCGUAAAUUUGCCAAAACAAGAUGAAUGUCGUCAAGGUUUGGAAGUGCCGUGAAAGUAGAAAUUGAACACAGGUAGUGGUAUAGUAUCUAGGGGAUUUUAGGCAAAUGUAUACUGCCGAUAUUAUUACUUUGCAAUUGCUUUCCUUUUUUUCUAAAUUAUGGAUUGGUUUCUUGCAAAUUUUUACAGUAUGAGUGGUAAAAAGAUUUUUGUAGAAAACGUCUUCACAGUUAUCUAAAUCCCCAAUAUUCAAUUUCUUA